UAUUCAAUGCAUAUAUAAAUCCGUUUCCUUUUGUGUUUAACAUUCAUUGAGUUUACAACUAAUAUGGCGGACAACGCUCCAGCCGCUGGAAGAGGAGGUUUUAGAGGUGGUUUUGGUGGCCGAGGUCGUGGAGGCCGUGGACGUGGUCGUGGCGGCCCUAGAGGUCGUGGAGGCCGCGGUCGUGGUGGCAAAGAAGGCGAUAAAGAGUGGGCACCGGUGACCAAAUUGGGACGUUUAGUGAAAGACGGAAAGAUCAAGUCAUUAGAGGAGAUCUAUCGAUUUUCGCUACCAAUCAAAGAGUUUGAGAUCAUUGACUUUUUUAUUGGAGCUAAGCUUAAGGAUGAGGUCCUAAAGAUAAUGCCCGUCCAGAAACAGACCAGAGCCGGUCAGAGGACCAGAUUUAAGGCAUUUGUUGCUAUUGGUGACUAUGAUGGACACGUGGGUCUGGGAGUUAAAUGCAGUAAAGAAGUUGCUACUGCUAUUCGCGGAGCUAUUAUUUUGGCCAAACUUUCUGUUAUUCCGGUUCGCAGAGGUUAUUGGGGUAACAAAAUUGGUAAACCGCAUACCGUUCCCUGUAAGGUGACCGGAAAAUGUGGUUCAGUUUUGGUGCGACUAAUUCCUGCUCCCAGAGGUACCGGCAUUGUUUCAGCUCCGGUCCCUAAAAAGUUGAUGCAUAUGGCAGGUAUUGAGGACUGUUAUACAUCAGCCACUGGUUCGACCUGUACUUUGGGUAACUUUGCAAAAGCGACUUAUUUGGCCAUUCAGCAGACAUACUCUUACUUGACACCCGAUUUGUGGCCCGAAUCGCCGCUAACAAAGUCGCCGUAUCAGGAAUAUCACGACCAUCUUGCUAUAGCUCAUGGCGUUCACUAAUAUCACAAUUAUUAUAAAAAUCUUCAAUUGAUAUAAUAAAUGAUUAUUUGAA